AUGACACACGUGAACAGCAAAACGGGCGGCGGCACCGGAGGCAGCGGCACCGGAGGCAGCGGCACCGGAGGCAGCGGCACCGGAGGCGGCGGUACCGGAAAGACAAAAUGGCGUUUGCCCCGGGAAAGAUUGCUACGCAAAAUUCAAGAAAACAAUAAGCGCGAGAAGAACAAGCGUGAGCAGCAACUGUACCAAAUGCGUUUAAUGGCAAACCCGAGUGCAAAGGAUAAAAUACAACCACUAAUCGAUGAGGAGAAGAAGGAGGAAGCAUUAAAUUUAGCAGAAAGGAUAAUGCGAAAGCAAUUAGAAAAAAUUCAAAAUAGAGAUGGCCAGCAGAUCUCGGCCUCAAAGACAUCAGAGGAUCCACCUCCUUUUGGGUGCACAGAGGAGAAUAAAACGGCAGAAGUAUGUAUGGAUGCAGAUGACCAGCAGCUCUCAGCUUCAAAGGAUCCCUCUACUCUUGGGUGCAUGGAAGAGAAAACGACAGAAGCAUGUAUGCAGGAACAACCCAGAAGCAGCAUUUUCAAUCACAUAAGCGAUUUAGACCAGAGAAUCGACUUUCUGCUUCAGCAACUCAUUGGGAAUACAGAUUUAGUGGAGCCUUAUAUUGAUCCAGAAAUAUGGAGUUAUUUCACUAGUGAGAAAUUUCAACAGGAAAUUGAUAGUUUCUUGACUGCAAAUUUGGAGACAUAA